AUGCCUCGAGAUGUGGAAGAUAAACAGCAAGACCCGGCCACGAAAACGAAUGAAACGGAACCACCAUCAUCACGUAAAUCCCCCAAACGGCUUUGGGACCUUCCUGAUGAAGUGCUGGACAAGAUCUUUAUUCGAGCCGGAAGAGAGGGUACUUGUGCGUAUCAGAUUGCAAGGGGGAACACGGCAGUAGAACAGGCUUCACUUAGUGAAUGCGCCUUGUGUGAACCAUUCACCUUCUGGGACUGGCAUGGCCUAAGUGAGGAAGCGUGGAACUCUGGCUAUGACACUCGGAAAAGGCAGCUCUAUCGAGGUCGUCAAAGAUGCCCCGAAGACAAGGUCAAAAAGAAAUUAAGUGGUCGAUUCACUGAAGGAUACCCUUUGGGGAAACAGAGAUGGGAGAGUUUCAAGAGAGUUUUUGAACAAGAUCCCCAGAAUUCCUGGAAAGUCAAGCGCAUUGCGGUGUCUCGUUGGAUGACUGGCCAAGACCUUGAAUGGAUCGCCACACACUUGUUUAUUUUGGAAGCCUUGGAUCUCAGCGACAUUGCACCCCACCACGAGUCGAAUUUAUAUGAUCCGGACGAUCCUUCUAGAAUCACUCGUCACCCAAAUUGGGGCUAUAUACUGAGGAUACUUCGGGAUACAAAGGCGAGGUGCCAAUUGAAUGGUGAUCUCAAACGGUUCAACCCUCGACUCAACACGACGAAAGAGUCACUCGGCUUAGCAGAAAGGGUGUCAUUCGAGAAGAAGGGUCUCGGGAAAGAAGCUGCCAGGAAAGCGUGUAAGGUUAUUGAAAAGGCCGAGGAAGAAAAGCAGGCAUAUGAAUCUGAAGUAUGUGAGAAAAACUUGCUUCAGAAAUUGAAGUGGCUUGGCGUUCACGCCUGGUCACAGAACUUGCCUAUCGACUGGUCUGGAGAUUUGCCUGAAAGCGUCGCUACUCGAAUCCUUCCUGCAUGUGAAAUAUUACACACUCUGUCAAUUCGAGGCGAAUAUACUCACGACAUGAACCCGGACUAUUGCAGAGAUGACGUCCAUGGUCACGUGUGUAACAUUGUUCUCGGUAUUACGGAUAAUGUUAGCGACACGGUCAAUACGAUCGAACUGCGGCAGUCUCUCCCCUUCCUAGACUACUUCCUUGGGAAAAUACAGGAACGGAAACCUACAAUCACGCAAGUCGGAAUAGACCUUGGGGCCUGGAUCCAAAUUUAUCCAUUAAGAGAUGAACGCAGUUCCUCAACACAGCCUAGUCCACCAUUACCUCCAGAUCUAAACAUUAGAGAGAAAAUCCUUGCAGCUACUGAAAAAGCCCGCCAGGACGCACUCGAAGAAGCCAUGGAACCAUUCUCUCCUUUGAGGGAAAAUGUUGAUGACCAUAUUUGGAAAGAGUUGGCUUUGAACAACAGAGAAGUAACCAGGGUAGAGCCAUGGCGACGCCGGGGAGAAGCGGACUUCUACCGCAGUAAUAGUGGCUCAGAGUUUGUAGGGUUACCUUCCCACUCUCUUCCAAAACCACCACGAAAAGAUUGUUUACUCGAUCAAGAUCCCAACCACAAGAAGACACGAGAAGACCUUGGAAAUUCACGAAUAAUUACCUUAGCUCAGAUGCUUAGAACACUGCAGUAUGCCGGAGAGCAAUCCAAAAUCAAGCUAAUUCCUAUCGAACCAGAAUCACAGAACAAGAGCAUCAACCCGAUCCACCCUCUCGCCCUUAUUCAAUUGACUUCUGAGGUUUUGAAUGAGGGAGCCUACAGGGAUGCUGAUUUCGAUCUCAAUAAAUUCACUCCCCUUGCCGACCUUCAAGAUGUUUACCGGUGGCUCGACGAGACGUUUAAGUGGAGGCCUGUAUUUGACUGGGACUGGUUCAUGGUACCCACAGUGAUGGAAAAAUCCCUGGAGCCGGAGUACGAAUUGGUCUACGAGAAAGAUAAAUUCCACGAGGUUAGCUACUUAGCCCGCAUCAGGGAGCACUUCCAAUUAUUACAGGAAGCCAAAAUACCAGUUCACGUUCUCAUUGGAAGACGUCAACCCAAUUUCCCCAGCCUGUACUGGGGCUCGCAAUGCUCCAUAGACAAGUGGAAGGCAUGGUUGAAUGAGCCAUUCAAUGCCAACUUAGGGGAAAUUGCUGAUCUACUAGAUUGCCUCAGCAUUUUAUACGAUCUUCGAAAUCCUCUCUCCCUGGAACGGCUGGAGGAGAUCAAUCUCGUGGAUCCUUACAAAUGGCCUUCUGAGACCUGUCCAGUUAAACUCUGGCCCUACAAGCUCCCAGAGGGCGAGGAUGCAGCUCCAUCAGAGAGCCUCUUUAAGACAUGCGGCAAAGCUCCUAUCCAAAAAAUGGCGAACAAGCAUGCCCCGAAGUCCAAACGUCCCCGGUCAGAACUUUCCGAGGGUCUUGCGAACGCUUGCGUCUCAGCACCACCCGUAGGUGAGAACGCGAACGAUCAUUCAUCUGAUGAUUCCAAUUUUAGCGAGCCGAACAAGUUGCAACAAAAGAAGCAGAGCCUUCAUCACUGUGCUAGACGAGCAGCAUACAUGCGAGAAGCAGUUGGAUGGCAGCGAUUUUGGGCCAAAUACGCCCUCAAAUUCACGAGGCUAUAUAUGCUUCGUGUUCGGAUGCCCCGAUGUUUUGACCGUGUUGGUUCGUGGCGCCUGGCAAGGCUUUUGAAGCAAGAGAUGGGCUGGAAAAUGAUCACAUACACCGACGAGCGACAACAUAUGCAAACUGAAGAAGACUUGUUACCGUACAAUCAGACUGCGUCAAAAUAUAGCCAGGAGGUCAUGAUGUUCCCCGCAGGCCGUCUCGUUAGAAGGAGCUGGAUUUGUCCUGAACCGAGGAAGCCAGUACCAGGUACUGCAGACUUCGCAACUGCACAGCGGAGAUAUGAGGAGUGGAGAAACCGAAAAUUCACUGAUGAAGACUUCACAGAGACCUUGAAGAAAGAGGAACAGGAACUGGACCACGCAACGGCGAAGGCGCGUGACGCAGCUACGCGGGAAUUUGACACAGAGAGAUCACGGCUGCAAGAAGCAGAAGUUCGGCAAAGGAUUGAUCGUUGGGCUCAGCAACAUUGGAGAGAGUAUCUUCUUAAUUACAUCAAAGAAAUUCGCGACGAGGAGACGAAAAACCAAGCACGCCUCAAUUGUAUGAGUAAACCCAGAGGAGAGGUGGAAAGAAUCCAGCGUGAUAUCAUCCUUGGGAGGCGGAUGGCAGCCCUUCUUGGAAAGCUCCGUGAACAGGACAAUCCUAUGACUAGAGUGAAAGAGCAGCCCGUAGAGAGUCAAUCCGAGGGUACCCCGGUCGAGCUCACCGGUAGUGUGACGGCAGCACCUGUAGAUAGAAGAGUUCCUAGGAGCGAACCGCCCGUAGAUGAUCUUGAUUCCGACGAUCAUGCUGAUUUAUAUGAAGACGGAGAUAGACCCAAAACAGCUCUCUCUCCCAGCAUCAGGCUCUCCUCUGCAUCAGGUCCACUACCACGAUCAGCUGCAACACCAAAACCGCCAACCAGUCAAGCGGGGAGUGAUGGUGGAUCGCUUGUUUCCACUUCUGCACACGGGCCACUACUUGUAGCUACCACCGGUCCCGAAAUGGGCAGGCCCGCUCCGGUCAAUCCAUUUAGUAGACAUUCGGCAGUUGGCGAUUUGUUUGAUGACUUAGGCGGGGUCCUAUCUGUCAAAUUGCCAGGCUCGUCAGAGACGCGCAAAAGAGAUGCCAUUGAUCAAGACAGGACCGGGAGUCCAACGAAGAAAUCGAAUACGGAUGAGAUUUCGGGGGAAUCUUUAACAGAAAUCCCCGUGACCGAUACUGAAGUUGCUGGUGUUGGCGCUGGGCCUCUCCUACUCACCCCUGUGCCUCUUCUAGAGGACGCCCCGCCUGCGGCUUCGUCUGGUACCCUAUCCGCAGAGCUAACUAGUACAGCGGCGACCCCAGAAGCAGCCAAAGUAAAACAGAACGGCAAGAAGUCGAGUAAAGAGAGCAAGGAAUCAGAGACCCCGAAACCGGCUAAGGAGGCUACCGCACCUAUUGUACUACCGGAGCCAACUGGUACACGUGGAGUUGCAAAGUCUGCACCAAAGAAUGCGGCAGAGGAACUAGUUGCGACUAGACACCCUGCUGGUAUGCCUGCCCCAACUAGGCCUGCAGCCCCAUCUGACUUUUUAAGACCAGCCGAUCUUGUGGACCCUACUGAUCUCGCCGGGCCCGAGAUCGAGACAAAGAAAGGAAAGGAGGCGAACAUGGCAACAGAGAAGGCAACGAAAAAAGCUCCCAAGAGAAGGAGGAACGGCAGGCCAAAAGAUAAUGAGGUGUAUAAAGACGACACCGCUACCGAAGAAGAAGAGGACGACAACAUCGAUACAAAACCACCUGCAACGAAGAAGCCCAAGCAAGAUAGUGAUGGGGGGUAUGUGGACGAGAAGAACUGUUUAGUUCCUCCUGAUGACGACGAUGGGGAUUUUGGGAAGAGGAAGAAGAAUGCAGUGAAGAAGAGGAAUGGUGCGAAAGGUAGAGGAGGAGGUGGUGAUAGGAAAAAGAAAGGUAGGGAUGGUGAUGAUGGUUUAGGAGCCGUCAGUGCCCGUGCUAUUACCGGAGCUACCACAGGAACAAUAGGGACCAAGAACUCCAGCACUUCUACCCCAAAGAAAGCCGCGACCCCGAGGAGUAAAGGCGGAGUAAAGAAGAAAGCAGCGCUUGAACCAGCUGAGGCUUGCCCUGCUCGAGCGACGAGGAGUAAUAACCCGAUUCUGAUGUCAGGUUUGUAG